CAUACUCAGUCCUUUUAUAAUGCGUAUGUGAUCACAAGCAUCGGAGUCUGUACAUAAGGACGAAGAGGUAUCACGCCAGUGAGGUUGUUGAACUUUCGAAGGGUUAGAGCAAAAGGCGAGUGUGAGACUAAGAGAGAGAGAUUCAGGGAAAGAGACAGAAAGCGAAAGGAAUAGACUGAGAGAAAUUGUGAAAUCAACUCUGAGAGAAACUGAGAGUAAAACAAUCCAGCGACGCAGUAGCCUUUAUACAGGACAGCAGCGCAACAGACAUCCCGCAAGAAUGGCAAACCUGACUGAAAAAAUACUACUACCUCACAGAGAUGAUCUGAACGAUCCCUAUAUGAUUGGAGAUGAACUUGUUUUCUUUGUCAAUGGAAAAAAGAUCACGGAGAGACAGGCCGAGCCAGAGGUGACUUUGCUGACAUACCUAAGGAGGAAGUUGGGUUUGACAGGUACAAAGCUGGGCUGUGCCGAGGGAGGAUGUGGGGCCUGCACUGUGAUGAUCUCCAAAUACCACCCCCACCUGGGACGGCUGGUUCACCACUCGGUGAACUCUUGCCUGGCUCCUGUGUGUUCUCUUCACCACUGUGCCGUCACCACGGUGGAAGGCAUCGGCAGCGUGGCCGGAAAACUGCACCCAGUACAGGAGCGUAUUGCUAUGUCACAUGGGUCUCAGUGUGGGUUUUGUACCCCAGGUAUCGUCAUGUCUAUGUACGCUCUGCUAAGGAACAAUCCCACACCGCGAAUGGUUGACAUAGAGGAGGCCUUCCAAGGAAACCUAUGUCGCUGUACAGGUUACCGACCGAUUCUGGAGGGGUACAAGACCUUCACAACUGAAGGUGGGUGUUGUGGUGGCAGGGUGAAUGGAAAUGGCUGCUGUAUGUCAAAGGGAGACCAAAACAAUGGAUACAUCGAUGACCAUGUCAACGGGAACAUAUUGCUGCCAGCUCCUCUAUACAACCCUGCUGACUUCCAGCCCUUGGACCCAACACAGGAGAUUAUAUUCCCUCCCGAGCUGAUGUCCCUGGUUAAAACUCAGUCCCCCACACGGCUGAGUUUCAUGGGGGAGAGAGUUCUGUGGCUCCAGCCAGCAUCUCUAGAUGAACUCCUGGACUUGAAGGCACGCUAUCCCAACGCCAAGCUUGUAGUCGGAAACACGGAAGUUGGUAUUGAGAUGAAGUUCAAGAACCUGUUGUAUCCUGUUAUUCUGGCCCCAUCCUAUAUCCCUGAACUCAACACCAUAGAACACACUGACCUGGGUAUAGUGUUUGGAGCGUCGUGCUCCCUGACAGUCCUGGGUGAUGUCCUGAAGACAGCGGUGGCUUCUCUACCCACGCACCAGACUGGAGUUCUCAUCGCUGUCCUGGAACAACUACGCUGGUUCGCUGGCCUACAGAUACGCAACGUGGCUGCGAUUGGAGGGAACAUCAUAACAGCUAGCCCCAUCUCUGAUCUUAACCCUGUCUUCAUGGCCGCUGGCUGCAAGCUCACACUCAUGUCCAAAGCUGGACCGCGUGUGGUUGUUAUGGAUGAGAACUUCUUCCCAGGUUACAGAAGGACCAUUCUGACACCUGAGGAAAUUCUUCUGUCCGUCCUCAUCCCGUACACCGUAAAGAGUCAGUACUUUGCGGCCUAUAAGCAGUCCCCUCGUCGUGAAGAUGACAUCAGCAUUGUGACAUCAGGAAUGAGUGUGACCUUUGCUGAGGGGACUGCCGUCGUCAAGGAAAUGGCCCUUAGCUACGGAGGCAUGGCCGCCACCACAGUGCUUGCCAAGUACACGGCCAGCGGACUUCUUGGGAAACAGUGGGGGGAGGAGCUUCUUCAAGAUGCGUGCGCCUCUUUGGCCAAGGAGAUGACCCUUCACCCCUCAGCGCCGGGCGGCAUGGUGACCUACAGGCGAGCUCUGACCCUCAGCUUGUUCUACAAGUUCUAUCUGACUGUUCAACGGAAACUGGCGGCUGAGGGUGUGUGUGUGGAAGUCAGGGCUGACUAUGUCAGCGCUACAGAGAUCUACCACCAGAACACAGCGUCCAGUGUCCAGAUCUUCCAGGCAGUCCCAGAGGGUCAGAAGGAGGAAGACGUGGUGGGUCGUCCCAUGAUGCACCUCUCAGCCAUGAAGCAGGCGACGGGGGAGGCGAUUUACUGUGACGACAUCCCUCUCUACGAGAACGAACUGCACCUGUGUCUGAUCACCAGCACCAAGGCCCACGCACGCAUUCUGUCUAUAGACACUUCAGAGGCCGAUGUCAUGCCAGGGGUUGUGACCUGUGUGUUGGCCAAGGAUAUACCCGGUAGCAAUGUGACAGGACCUGCUUUCUACGACGAGACUGUCCUCGCUGACCACACGGUGACGUGUGUCGGCCAUAUCAUCGGGGCGGUCGUGGCAGACACCCAGGCUCACGCUAAGAGAGCAGCCAGCGCGGUCAAGGUCUCCUAUGAAGACCUCCAGCCUGUCAUCAUCACCAUACAGGACGCCAUCACACACCAGUCAUUCUACCAGCCCAUCAGAACCCUGCAGAGAGGAGACACGAAGCAGGGAUUCACGCAGGCGGAUCAUGUCCUGGAGGGUGAGAUAUAUAUGGGAGGCCAGGAGCACUUCUACCUGGAGACCAAUGCCACUGUGGCUGUUCCCAAAGGGGAGGAUGGAGAGAUGGAGCUGUUCGUGUCAACACAGGCUCCCGCCAAGACACAGGCCCUAGUUGCCAAGGCGUUGGGAGUGCCGGCCAACCGAGUGGUGGUCAGAGUGAAGAGGAUGGGAGGAGGAUUUGGGGGGAAGGAAAGCAGGUCCACCAUCUUGUCCACUGUGGUCGCUGUGGCUGCUCACAAGUUAAAACGACCUGUGAGGUGUAUGUUGGACAGAGAUGAAGAUAUGCUGGUGACAGGAGGAAGACACCCAUUCUACGGACAAUACAAGGUGGGCUAUAUGAAGUCAGGUAAAGUGGUGGCUCUGAAGGUGACCUUCUACAGCAAUGCGGGGAACUCCAUGGACCUGUCUUUCUCAAUCAUGGAGCGUGCAUUGUUCCACAUGGAGAACUCUUACAACAUUGCUAAUGUUUGGGGGCGUGGUUACCCGUGUAAGACAAACCUGCCAUCCAACACGGCGUUCCGGGGCUUCGGUGGACCCCAGGGCAUGCUGGUCGCUGAGAGCUGGAUCAACGACGUGGCCCAGAGCCUCGGGCUGCCCACUGAACAGGUGCGUCGUCUGAAUCUGUACAAGCAGGGAGACACGACUCCGUACAGCCAGAUCCUGGAACACAUCACUCUGGACCGCUGCUGGGAUGAAUGUCUGGAGACAGCCCAUUACAAACAGCGCCGGGCCGCCGUGGACCAGUACAACAGGAACCAUCGCUGGACCAAGAGAGGGCUGGCCAUUGUUCCUACCAAGUUUGGCAUUAGCUUCACCGCUCUCUUCCUCAACCAGGCGGCGGCGUUGGUUCAUAUCUACACUGACGGCUCAGUGCUGCUGACACAUGGUGGAACUGAGAUGGGACAGGGCCUUCACACCAAGAUGGUGCAGGUGGCCAGUAGGUGCUUGGACAUCCCCACCAGUAAGAUCCACAUCACGGAGACCAGCACCAGUACAGUACCCAACACCAGUCCCACCGCUGCCUCCGCCUCCUCAGACCUCAACGGAGCCGCUGUCCAGAUUGCCUGUGAAAUCCUCCUGCAGCGUCUAGAACCUUACAAAACCAGUAACCCUAAAGGAAGCUGGGAGGACUGGGUGAAAUCUGCCUACUUUGACCGAGUCAGUCUGUCUGCCAAUGGAUUCUACAAAACUCCGGAUCUGGGUUACGACUUUGAGACCAACGCGGGUCGUGCUUUCAACUACUUCACCUACGGCGUGGCCUGCUCUGAGGUAGAGAUCGACUGUCUGACCGGCAGCAACACGAACCUCCACACGACCAUCGUCAUGGAUGUGGGGAACAGCCUGAACCCGGCCCUGGACAUUGGGCAGGUGGAGGGGGGCUUCAUUCAGGGUGUCGGCCUUUUCACUCUGGAGGAGCUGAAGUAUUCUCCUCAGGGUUACCUGUUCACACGAGGGCCGGGCAUGUACAAGAUCCCUGCCUUCGGGGACAUCCCCACUGACCUCACUGUGUCUCUGCUCCGCGAUGCGCCAAACCAAAAAGCCAUCUUCUCCUCCAAGGCAGUAGGUGAACCUCCUCUUUUCCUGGCAGCCUCUGUGUUCUUCGCCAUCAAAGACGCCAUCACUGCCGCCAGGGCGGAGUCAGGCCUCAGUGGGCCCUUUCGAUUGGACAGCCCAGCCACACCCGAGAGGAUACGGAAUGCUUGCGAGGACCGCUUCACCAAAAUGUGUCCCCCAGCUCUGCCAGGCACCUUCACACCAUGGGCUGUGACCGUCUGACAUGGAGAGAGAGAAGAGAGGAAGAGAGAGAAGAGAGGAAGAGAGAGCGGAAGAUCUGAUGCGACUGGGAGCGAGUUAACGAAGGGAGAUUAGAGGAGAGCAAGCAGAAGGGUAGAAGGAUCUGUUUAAAACUGGGUCCAGUGCGUUCCUUUGUCCCAGUCUAAUCACCAGCAGUUGUUGGGAAUGUUGCCAGAAUCCUGAUCCAAAUCAGUUUGGAAUGUUGCCAGAAUCAAUCCUCCAGUCAGUUUGGAAUGUUGCCAGAAUCAAUCCUCCAGUCAGUUUGGAAUGGAGCCAUAAUCAGUCUUCCAGUCAGUUUGGAAUGGAGCCAUAAUCAAUAUUCCAGUCAGUUUGGAAUGGAGCCAUAAUCAGUCUUCCAGUCAGUUUGGAAUGGAGCCAUAAUCAAUAUUCCAGUCAGUUUGGAAUGGAGCCAUAAUCCUCGAAUCAGUUUUGAAUAGAGCCAUAAUCCUCCAAUCAGUUUUGAAUAGAGCCAUAAUCCUCCAAUCAGUUUUGAAUGGAGCCAUAAUCCUCCAAUCGGUUUUGAAUGGAACAGUCCUUGAUUCCUAAUGUCUUUCCCAUCCCUCCUUCUAAAAACACACCAGGUGAUAACCUUAGCAUUCUCAGAUGAAGAGAGAAGAACGUGGUAGCCUUGAUCUGCUCUAAUCUGUAAUCUCAGGUCAAUAUGGCGGAUGCCUGUUAAGAAUCUGCUUUGCCAUGUCCACAUUUUGUAAAUCAGAGCACAUGAAGCAAAGGAGGACACCUUGAAACCUCAGACCAUUUGCACUUUGACCCAGGAAACAGUCCUGCUUCCACCAUAGCCACAUUGGGGCAUCCUGGGAUACAGGACAGGUGGCAUCAUAUUCUGAUUGGAGGAAAUGGUUGCUUAGACUGAACUGUCAUAUUACAAUCCACAUGCAUAUAAUACAUAUGCCCUAUAGCCAAUUCACUGUCCAUAAUUAUGCCUAAUGGUUAAGUAAACAUAUUGUAUUUUUUAUCUAAAUUAAUAAUAUAAUUAUACCAUGUUGUUACUAACAAUAAUGCCAUUUGACCAAAUUAUAAUGAUGAGUGAUAGUUCAUUGGAAAUAUCCAGAUAACUGAGGAAUCUGUAUCUGAGAUUUUAGUUUUUAAUAAAAUAUCUCCAUCUGGUGGCCAGUA